AUGGCGCGCUCAUCGGAUGGGAACACCGUCCUACUGUUCGGGCCACAGGCUCUUUCGUUCCAGGAAGAUUCUUUCCAUCAGCUCAGGUCACUUAUUUUGGACCACGCAGAAAACCACUGGAUACUUGACGUCGUUGCCGAACUGCCAACCAAUUUGAAGACUUGCUUGAGGGUGUUCCCUAAACUUCAGGCUUUAUCGGGGGUGCAGCAGCUUGAAGAUCUGAACGACUGGUUCAAGACGGGCAAGGUCCCGCCAGCGUCAUUUCAUCUGCCAAACAUUCUACUCAGCCCUCUAGUGGUCCUCACGCAGUUGACACAGUACUCGCAGUACCUGAAACUUGUUCACAGCGAAUCUGGAAAUGGACGAGAUUUAUAUGCUUCCAACACUGGAAAGACUGAGACUGUCGGCUUCUGCACCGGUCUUUUGAGUGCGCUGGCCGUGUCCAGCGCCGGUAAUCAGGUUCAGUUCCAGCAAUAUGGUGCAGCCGCGGUACGUCUGGCAGCGCUCAUCGGAGCAUUCGUAGAUGCUCAAGAUGCCUUGGGCAAGUAUGGGGAAUCAACGUCUUUUGCAACAGUUUGGAAUUCCAGUGAAACAAAGACGGAGAUGACACGGAUAUUGCAGCAGUUUCCCGAGGCCUACAUUUCUGUUUGCUACGAUGAAAAUCGAGCUACUGUGACUACAUCUGCUAGUACAGCUUCCUCGUUGCAACAACGACUAAGAGCCGCCGGUGUCAUUGCAACGGAAGUCGGCCUUCGUGGGCGUUUUCACUGCGAAUGUUACCAUGACGAUAUGGAAUCUCUAAUCAGCUUCUGCGAUGGUAUGUCAGAAAUGCAAUUCCCUGAAGCGUCAGAACUGGUGCUGCCGAUUCGAUCAAGUUGCGGAGGAGACAUUAUCACCCAAGGAAGACUCCAUCAUAUAGCUUUGCGGUCCAUACUGGUCGAACAGUCACAGUGGUACCAGAGCUUUAGUGCUGUAUAUUCUUUACGACUGAAGAACGACGGAUCUCAUCUAAUCUGCUUCGGUCUUGAAAGAUGUGUUCCUCCCUCGCUCAUGCGUGGCCUCGGCUCAAAAUUGAUCCACAUGACCAAUCUUGAGGAGGCCAAGUCUCGGUUGUCACCCGAUAGGCAUAAGCUGCGGGCUUCUUUGAAGUAUCCGCAUAGCUACUCGGAAAAUGCCAUUGCUAUUAUAGGCGCAUCUUGCAAGGUUGCAGGCGCAGAUGAUCUUGAAGAAUUCUGGAAGACUCUGUGCGAGGGACGCUCCCAGCACAUUGAAGUUCCCAAGGAACGUUUUGGGUUUGAGACGCAUUGGCGCGACAUUGAUCCCAAGCGGAAGUGGUACGGCAACUUUGUCCGAGAUCAUGAUGCUUUCGACCACAAAUUCUUCAAGAAGAGCCCUAGAGAAGUGAUCUCCCAAGACCCACAGCAGAGGCUCAUGAUGCAGAUUGCCUACCAAGCUGUUGAGCAGUCAGGACACCUCAACUUAGUAAAUGCUGACAAGCAUGUUGGAUGUUACAUUGGUGUCUGCGCUGUUGACUACGAGAACAACAUCGCUUGUCACCCUCCGAACGCAUUUUCGGCAACAGGUAAUUUAAAGAGCUUUAUUGCGGGUAAGAUCAGCCACUAUUUCGGCUGGACUGGACCAGGACUUACCAUUGACACUGCUUGCUCUGCAUCUGCCGUUGCUGUCCACCAGGCAUGCCAGGCUAUACUUAGUGGCGAAUGCACUGCCGCAUUGGCUGGGGGGACCACGGUGAUGACUAGCCCUUUGUGGUUUCAGAACUUGGCAGGGGCAACAUUUCUAAGCCCGACUGGGGCUUGCAAGCCUUUUGAUGCCAAGGCCGAUGGUUACUGCCGAGGCGAAGGCAUUGCAGCUGUUUUCUUGAAGAAAAUGUCCAAAGCCGUUGCAGACGGAGAUCCCAUCAUUGGUUGCAUUGGCAGUACCGCUGUCUAUCAAAACGAGAAUUGCACCCCCAUUUUUGUGCCGAAUUCCCCAUCACUCUCGGGCCUGUUCCGUGAUGUCACACAGCGAGCUGGAAUUGAGCCAAAGGAUAUUUCUGUCGUGGAAGCUCACGGGACUGGAACCCCUGUUGGUGAUCCGGCUGAGUAUGAGAGCGUUCGGCAGGUGUUUGGAGGGCCUAUCCGCUCGACCCCACUGCCUAUCGGCUCAGUCAAAGGGCAUAUCGGACACACGGAGUGUGCCUCGGGUGUUAUCGCGCUUAUCAAAAUCCUUCUUAUGAUUCAGGAGGGUGCCAUACCUCCGCAGGCUAGCUUUCAGACCUUGAGCCCACACAUCAAAGCAUCACCAUCGGACAUGAUGGAGGUAGUCACGCGCUUCAAGAGUUGGGAUUCUGAUUUCCGGGCUGCGCUCAUCAACAACUAUGGUGCGUCAGGCUCAAACGCGUCAAUGGUGGUCACUCAGCCCUUACAGCAUGAAGGUGCCGGCUCGUCUCUCAUCCACUCCGUAAAGAUAAAGCACCCGUUCUGGAUUUGUGGGUUUGAUGACCGAAGCCUUCGGGAAUACUCUGCCCGGCUGAAGCAAUUCAUCCAGUCGAAGAUCGUAACGGCAAGGGAUAUCUCUCUGGCCAAUCUUGCAUUCAAUGUCUUUCGGCAGUCCAAUCGAUCCCUUAACAAAGGCUUGAUCUUCAGUUGUAGCUCAGUCUCAGAAUUGGAAGCCAAAUUGACAGCAUUCAUCAACGGGGACAAGGGCGUCAGUGUAACCGUGAAAAAGCCUCCUAGGCCAGUUGUGUUGUGCUUCGGUGGUCAGAUUUCUACGUCCGUUGGAUUAGAUCGAAAGGUCUAUGACGGUGUUCGCCUACUACGAAGUUAUCUUGACCAAUGCAAUUCUGUCCUCGAGUCAAUUGGCCUCAGCGGAAUCUACCCCGAGAUCUUCCAGAAAACGCCAAUUGAAGACAUCGUCAAGCUUCAGACAAUGCUCUUCGCGAUCCAGUACUCUUGCGCGAAAAGUUGGAUUGAGUCUGGCGUAAGGGUCGCUGCUGUUGUAGGCCACAGCUUUGGCGAAUUGACUGCCCUCUGUAUCUGUGGUGUUUUGUCUCUCAAAGACACUAUCAAAAUAAUUGCAGCUAGGGCCCAGCUUGUGAAAGAUUCCUGGAUCACCGAUCGGGGCUCAAUGCUCGCGGUGACGGCCGACCUCGAGGACGUGCAUAGGCUGUUGGACGAGUCAAGCAACACAUGCAAGGACGAACAGCCGCCAACAAUCGCCUGUUUCAACGGUCCCAGGAGUUUCACUCUAGCAGGUUCGGCCAAGGCUAUCGAUGCGGUUGCAGGGAUCGCAUCAAGCUACUCCGGGAUGCGGGUAAAGAAGCUCGCUGUUACCAACGCGUUUCACUCAACCCUUGUAGAGCCUCUUAUGGCGGAUUUAGGGCAAUUAGGACGCGGCCUGUCGUUUGCCGAACCUACAAUUCCGUGGGAGAGAGCUACAGAGUCUGAAACAACAGAGAAACUCUCCUCAACGUUCUUUGCAGACCAUAUGAGAAACCCGGUGUAUUUCAACCAUGCCGUGCAGAGGCUUGCAAAACAGUUCCCCUCUUGCGUCUGGCUUGAAGCUGGUUCGAAUUCGACCGUCACGACUAUGGCGAGCCGAGCACUAGAAUCCUCCAGCAAUUCUCACUUUCAAUCUAUCAACAUCACCGGCGACAAUGGGCUCCAGAAUCUCAUUGAUACAACUGUGAGCCUCUGGGAAGAAGGACUGCUUGUAUCAUUCUGGGCACACCACCCCUCGCAGACCUAUGAAUAUGCACCUCUGCUGCUGCCACCAUAUCAGUUCGAGAAGAACAGGCACUGGUUGGAACUCAAGAAACCUGAAAAGGCGAUUACCGAACCAGCGCCUCAAUUACCAGCUCAGCAAGAAGAGCUACCAAAGGGUCUCUUUACGUUUAUUGGAUAUCAGGAUAGCAAACAGCGCUCUGCCCGAUUUCGAAUCAAUACAAUGAUCAAGAAGUAUGAAGAAUUCGUGUCUGGUCACUUUGUUGCUCAGACGGCGCCUAUUUGCCCUGCAACGUUGGAGGUAGACAUAGCUAUCGAAGCCCUUCUUAAUCUACGUCCAGAUUUGGCAGUUUCCAAUCUUCAGCCGCAAAUUCACAAUGUAGAAAAUCAAGCUGCAAUCUGCGUUGAUCCGUCACGUGCCGUCUGGCUGGAGCUUGAAGCAGUUGACACCGACUUUCAUACCUGGGCUUGGAGGAUAACCAGCACUGGUUUAAAAGGUUCUGCUACAACCCUGCACGUGUCUGGGAAGAUCAUGUUGCGCUCUGUUGAUGACUUGGACUUUCAGGCCGAGUUUUCUACAUACGAGCGUCUUGCUGGGCACGACCGCUGUAUAUCUGUUCUCAACAGCACUGAUGCAGACGACAUUAUCCAGGGUCGCAAUAUUUACAGGACUUUUGCUGAAAUUUUAGACUAUGGGGAGAUGUAUCGUGGUCUUCAGAAACUGGUUGGAAAAAGCAACAAGUCUGCCGGACGGGUUGUUAAGCAACACACAGGGGAGACCUGGCUUGAUACGCACCUGUCAGACUGCUUCAGCCAGGUUGGUGGUAUCUGGGUCAACUGUAUGACAGACCGAGCCCCAACGGACAUGUUCAUUGCCAACGGAUUCGAAAAAUGGAUCCGUUCCCCCAAUUCCGGCAUCCCAGUCACCCAGCCAUCGGUAUGGGACGUGCUCGCCUAUCAUCACCGCAAGUCAGACAAGGCCUACGUCACGGACAUUUUCGUCUUUGAUGCGACUACUGGUGUCCUGAUGGAAGUCAUCCUCGGCAUCAACUAUGCGAAAGUUCCGAAGCUGUCCAUGAGCAAAAUUCUAAGCCGACUCACUGCUGGUGGCGUCCAGCUAGCCGCGCCAGCUGCCGUGCCCUCGGCGCCUGCAAAGAUGGGUGUCACUCCACCGUCUGCUCAGUCAUCCAAGGAAGCGAAAGCCCCCAAACCAAAGAAGCAGGGGAAAACGAUCUCGCGACCAGAUAUUCCCGGCAUUGUUACGGCUGCCCUCGUGGAUUUGUCUGGUCUGGACUCGGUGGACAUUAAGGCCGAUACUCAACUUGCUGACAUCGGAAUCGACUCCCUCAUGGGCAUGGAGCUGGCUCACGAGCUCGAGGGCAAAUUCAAGUGCACCUUCUCCACGGAAGAUCUAGGAGAAGUAACUACAUUCCAAACCUUGGUACAGUGCAUCCAGUCAGUGUUGGGGCCAACGGAUGAUGGCGCAACCACCGAAACUGACGACGACGACGACGACGACGACCAGCCGUCAUCCGCCAGCCAGAACUCUGACACUUUGUCGGAUUCGAACACCAGCGUCUCCUCCACAGCGAAAAUGGAUCUGGCUGAAUAUCUAGCUGAUUUUCUUGGGAUUGGAGGAAGUGACGUGGUCACUGGCGCACUCCUCCGGGACCUUGGCGUCGACUCCUUGCUGUCCACGGAGCUCCGGUCUGAUAUUACAGACAAGUUCGGUGUCCACAUCUCAGAUGAUAUCAUGAUCGAAGAGCUGACCGUUGAUGAAUUGGACAUUACGAUUAAUGGAGAGUCUGGCCGUGCCUCCAAGACGCCUAGUGCGACACCACCAAAGACAGCAAAAGGGGAGACUCCGCCAGUAAACGGGACUACAGAGGCCAAAGGCAGCGGCAUCACUGAAUUUUCUGCCGGCGGCAAUCUCGAUAUUCCAGCGUCGACGAUCCUGGAAGCCUUUAACGAAACAAAGAUACUUACGGAUCAGUUCAUCGCCGACUACCGAUGUGCGGACUAUAUGGAGGUUGUCAACCCUAAGCAAACUCAGCUGUGCGUUGCACUUACUGUAGAGGCUUUCGAGCAGUUGGGAUGCUCCCUCCGGACCGCGAAGGCUGGCCAGAAGUUGGAACGUAUUAGAUACCUUCCUCAACACGGUCGGCUGGCCGACUAUCUGUACAAUAUGUUGGAAAAGGAGGCUCGCCUCAUAGACGUGAACGGCGACCAAAUUACACGAACCGCCAUCACCCUUUCUACAAAGUCCAGCAAAGAGAUCUUAAAGAAUCUAAUGGAUAAAUAUCCCGAUCAUGACUACGCCAACAAGCUAACCUACUUCACAGGCACUCGGCUGGCAGAUGUGAUGACUGGAAAGUCCGACGGUAUCAAGCUGAUCUUCGGAUCCGAGGAGGGGAGAGAGCUCGUCUCCGGGCUUUACGGAGAUUCGCUCCUCAACAAGCUGGCGUACAAGCAGAUGGAAGACUUUAUCAAACGGCUGGUUGUCAAGCUGCCCAUGCACCAGGGCGCUCUGAAAAUCCUCGAGAUGGGUGCCGGUACUGGAGGAACAACCAAAUACCUGGUGCCACUGUUGGCCAGCCUGAACGUGCCAGUUGAGUACACGUUUACCGAUCUCGCGCCAUCUUUCGUGGCCGCCGCACGAAAGAAGUUCAAGACGUAUCCCUUCAUGAAGUUCCGUGCGCAUGAUAUUGAGAAGGCCCCGGACAACGACCUGCUUGGUACACAGCAUAUCAUUAUCGCAAGUAACGCGGUUCACGCUACUCACAGCUUGACCGAGUCAACAAAGAAUAUCCGCAAAGCUCUACGCCCAGAUGGAAUCCUCAUGAUGCUUGAAAUGACUGAGACGCUUUACUGGAUCGACAUGAUUUUUGGUCUCCUAGAGGGUUGGUGGCUCUUCAACGACGGCCGAAAACAUGCCAUAUCACACCAGUCAAGAUGGGAGCGAGAGUUGCAGUCGGUCGGAUAUGGACAUGUCGACUGGACGGAUGGCAACCGCCCCGAGAAUAACAUCCAGCGCAUUAUUAUUGCACUUGCCUCUGGGCCGAGGUAUGACCGUCUACCCACAUUCCCAAAGCCUGCUCAGAGUCAAGUUACUGAUACUGCGGCACGUCAAGUCGCCGUUGAUGAAUAUGUCCGGAAAAGCACGCACGGCUUUGCUGCUCCCGUCCAGCCGUCUCGAGUCACGAUUCCCAGCACCUCCGGUCACUGUGUCCUGGUCACAGGAGCAACUGGCAGCCUAGGCUCUCACCUGGUCGCACAUUUUGCCGAACUACCUGAUGUGAAGGCCGUCAUCUGCCUGAAUCGCCACAGCAGCGGCUCUGAGCCCGAGUCUCGACAACGACAGUCGCUGGAGUCGAAAGGCAUCAAACUUGAUACGAAUGCCCUCUCAAAGUUAAAAGUGUUUGAAACCGACACGGUCAAACCGAUGCUGGGCCUACCUCACGACAUAUACGAAACCCUCCUGAACACAGUUACGCACGUCCUCCACAAUGCAUGGCCCAUGAGCGGCAAGCGGCCGGUGAAAGGAUUUGAGUCGCAAUUCUGGGUAAUGCGGAACCUAAUCGAUCUUGUACGGGACAUAUCAUGCCGCCGUGAGAAGGGAUCAAUAGUCAGCCUCCAGUUCAUCUCGUCGAUUGCCACCGUAGGACACUACCCGCUCUGGAGUGGCAAUGUCAAUGUUCCUGAGGAGAGGAUGACGAUAGAGUCAGUUCUGCCAAAUGGUUACGGCGAUGCAAAGUUUGUGUGCGAGAGGAUGCUUGAUGAGACCCUGCACAAGUAUCCUGACCGAUUCCGGACUAUGGUAGUGCGUCUUGGACAGGUUGCCGGCUCGAAGACCAGUGGGUACUGGAAUCCGGUGGAGCAUCUCUCGUUUUUGAUCAAGUCAUCCCAGACGUUGAAGGCACUCCCUGAUUUUGAUGGCCUGCUUUCCUGGACCCCAGUCAAUGAUGUCGCUGCUACACUGGGGGAUCUGCUCGUCUCGCCCAACGCUCCCCACCCGAUCUAUCACGUCGACAAUCCUGUGCGGCAGCCAUGGCGCGAUAUGAUUCCGGUGCUGGCCGACGCCCUCGACAUCCCUCGAAAAAAUGUGAUUCCUUUUGACGAAUGGGUCAAACGAGUGCGGAACUUCCCCGGGUCCGUUGAGUUAGACAAUCCGGCGGCGAAGCUGAUUGAGUUUUUGGAUGGCAAUUUCAUCCGCAUGUCGUGUGGCGGCCUGCUUCUGGAUACUACAAAAAGCAGAGAACAUUCCCAAACACUCGCCCAUGUGGGCCCGGUGAGUGCGGAUGUGGCAAGGAAAUAUAUAGAGGCUUGGAAAGAGAUGGGGUUCCUGCACAAAUGA